CUGCGCAAGUGGCGCCAAUGGGUGCAAGCAAAGAUGUACACCAUGGAGAAGCUGACGGCCAAGCAACAAGGACCCUUCCUGUACACGCUCUUGGAUGGGAAGGCGCUAGAAGCAGUGGAACACCUGGAGCUGAGCAGCAUCCAAGUGGAUGACGGAGCAGACAAGAUCCUUAAGAUCCUGCAGGAAAGGUUUCCUGAGAAGGAGGCCCACGACCAGAUGGGAGAAGCACUCGGUGAAGUGUUUGGUCUGGCAGCUAGGGAAGGCGAGACGGUCCAACAGUGGACUGCGAGAGUGGCUGAGGUCUUCACCAAGUGCCACCGAAAAGCAGACGUCAAGUUCCCUUCUCCGGCUCAAGGGUGGAUCGCUUUGAACUGUGCUGGCUUCAGCGAAGAGCAGAAAGCGAUCAUCAAGGCCAAAGCUCAGGGCAAACUUGACCUUGAAGCAGUUACCUCAGCCAUGAGGUCUUGCUUUCCACUGUACAAGGCUGGCGCGAGGGCCAGGAAGCCUACGGCGACGCUGGUUGUGGAGCCCGCAGAGAACCCGGACAGCGGCGAUGGCCUGGACGACUUUGCGGACGUCGAAGCUUUCUUGGCGGACCACAACCAGCGGGACACAGAGCUCGAGGAUGCUAUUCCGGAAGACGAGGCCGCAGAAGCUUUGGCUGCUUCGUGGAAAGAGCGUCGCGCGGAGAUCGCGAAGAUGCGAAAGGAACGCAAAUUCGACUCUGCCCAGAACAGCAAGAAGUCUUUCCGCGUCGAGAUCGAGGAACUCAAGCGACGUGCCGUCGAGGCACAGCUGGUCGAGCAGGAGGUCUCGCUCGCCCAGGUUGACGCCGUCGAGUCCGUGGACGUCCCCGAGGUGAUGUUCGUUGGCAUGGCUCAGCAAGCAGAGACGCAGGUGCUAGCUGCAGGGCUUGUCUCAUCGCCCGGCUAUGGGGUGGUGGACAGCGGAUGUGGCCGGACGCUCAUCGGCAUGGACACCCUUGAGCAGCUAAAGAACAAGUUGGCGCUGGUCACAGCAAAGAAGGCAGAGCACUACGACACUGUCAGCUCCUUCCGUUUCGGGAACGGCGCUACCGAGGUUUCCGAGCAGGCCGUCAAGAUCCCUGUGGGAAUCGGUGGCGUGCAUGGCAUCAUCGACGCUGCCAUCAUCAAAGGGCGGGCCCCCCUGCUCUUGGGACGACCUACUCUGGAGAAGCUCCGGGUCUCGCUGGACUUCGCAGAAAAGACGAUGAAGUUCCUGCGUGACCAGACCACCGUCCCCAUGCAGGUGAAUGAGGCUGGCCAGCUCCUCAUCAAUGUCCUCGACUUUCCCAAGGGUGCAUCGCAGGCCUCAGUCUUGCAAGCGCAGGCACAAGCAACGCAGUUGUGUCCAGACAGUGUGUGUCACGAGCAGCUUUCUCAGUGCUUGACGCCUCCUGUUUCCGUGGCAGAGCUCUUUUCGCCUCCGUGCUUGACGCGGGAGGCACUCCAAAAGCUACACAACAACCUAGGACUAGCACUUCAGCGCGUGUCCGCUCUCGAGUGCAGUGUGUGUGCCAACCAGAGAUGGAAGCCCCGUCAGAAGGUGCCGUGUGUGAAUGUGGUAGACUUUGCUACAUCCAUGCAAGUGUUCGUUCCACUAACACGAGUAGAGACAGGUAACUACUGUAACAAUGCCGGCAUAGACAUGCGGCACACUGCAGCCGAUGCACAUUGGCAGCUGGGCAAAGUUGAGCGACAUGGCCAGUGGCUUUGUCGCAUCACGCAGCGAGUCUUGGAUGAGAUCCGACCCGCCUCUGAGGAAGAAUGGCUUGAGUGUUUGUCUCAGGCGCAGUCCGCCAAAAACACGUUACUAACUGAAGCAGGAGCGAGUCCCUACCAGCUUGUUUUUGGUCGCAAUCCCCGUGUGCCCAGUGAUCUCAUGCAAGAUAGUCCUCACUUGCCGGCGGUGGACGCCGAGCAGUACGACUCCUUGUUGGAGCGCACGGCGGCUACCCGCACAGCCGCUCGCAAAGCAGUGCUUGAUUGCCAGAGCGAUCGCGCACUUCGCGCUGCUCUGAGGGCGCGACCUCGUGCACUUCGCCCCUUUCGCAGCGGUGAUUGGGUGUUCUAUUGGAGGACACAAAAGCAAGUCGAUGGUGUAAGGCUCGAUGGGGGCCGCUGGUACGGGGCAGGACUAGUCCUGGGUUCCGUAGGUCGUAACUUGGUUGUGGCCCAUAGGCGAAGUCUGUUGCGUUGCUCACCAGAACAGCUGCGUUUUGCAACUCCCUCCGAGACAACCGUGGCCGAGUUUCCGGAAAGCGAACUCCUGGGGAUCAAAACUCUUCUUGAGAAAGGCCAGUUUCCGAAGAGUCAGUUCGUGGACGUGACACAGGAAGGUCGGCCUCCGGAGGCCCUUGCGGAAGUUUUAGUAAGUAACCUCUGCCUCGCGUGCCUUGGUGAGACCAUGGCACCCAAGCAGCGAGUCCGUGACGCCACUUCGUCUACUACCUCUGUGAGCCUCGAGCGCCUGAUGGGCCGUUUGCAAGCAGAAGGGCGCACGGACGAAGUCUUGAACGUGCUCGAAGAGGCUUUUGGCACCCUUGACCAUCCACAGGCCAUGACCGACGCGUCAAAGCGCCGCCUUGACGACUCUGACUUCAGCGACUUCGAGCUUGCAGACUUCCACUGCUCCCAAGCUCCUGUGGCUCCUACGUCCGCCCCUUACCCGACGCAGUUCCCAGAGGGGGUCACCAGCUUGGCUCAGUGGGGUCAGACGCUGUGUACGCUGCCGAAGGUGGUCAGUCUUAAGCUCAGCUACACCGAGCUCGUGGAGCUUUCCAAGUCCGACCGUGAGAUUCACAGCUACCUCAAUGUCUUCAUCCUCUCCUUCACUGGCAACUCCGCUAAAGUGAAAGACUUGCAGAAGUACCUCGUGGCCUCUGGCUACAAGGUCCCAGCUACGUACUACGAAGGCAGCAAGGAAGUUCGCGUCUUCAAGGACUUGAAGCA